AUAGGUUAGCAUCCCGGCAGUUGUUUUGGUUGUUUAUUCAUUAAAAAAUACUAAUUUUCCUACUAAAACAACGUGAAAAUGGCCCUCAGGACCUUCGGAGACAAACCUCUCAGCUUCCAGCUUGAAGAAAAUGGGGAAUACUACUGCAUUGGCUCAGAGGUGGGUAAUUAUCUGCGUUUAUUCCGCGGAUCCCUCUACAAACGUUACCCUGGCAUGUUCCGGCGCACAAUCAACUACGAAGAAAGAAAACGCCUCAUUGAACUUGGCUUAAGUCAACAAGUCUUAGCAAGCAGUGUAUCACUGCUCAGAUCAUCAGAAGUAGAAGAUAUCAUAGAGGGAAAUGAUGAAAAGUACACACAUUCCAUUUCAGUGCAUACAGCAGAGCCUCCCAUGCCAAGAGAGAGCAAGACUAAGAAGAACACACAAUGGGUCCCAUCCCUGCCGAAUUCCAGCCAUCUGGAUGCCGUGCCACAAGCGACAACGAUCAAUCGCAAUCGUGUCGCGACGAAAAAAGUGCGCACAUUUCCGCUUUGUUUCGACGAUAACGAACCGCAGAAUCACGUGGAGAAUGGUAACCAGAGUGAGAUCUUAGUGCCGAUUCGUUUGGACAUGGAGAUUGAGGGACAGAAGCUGAGAGAUACUUUCACAUGGAAUAAAAAUGAAUCUCUUAUCACACCAGAGCAGUUUGCUGAGGUGUUAUGUGAUGAUUUAGACUUGAAUCCGUUGACGUUCGUGCCGGCGAUCUCGCAGGCUAUUCGACAACAGUUGGAGGCGUUCCCAAAUGAACCACCGGCGGUUAUUGAGGAUAAUACCGAUCAGAGGGUUAUUAUUAAGUUGAAUAUUCACGUGGGGAAUACUUCAUUGGUUGAUCAGGUUGAAUGGGACAUGUCACAAAAAGAGAACAACCCCGAACAGUUUGCCAACAAACUCUGCGCUGAACUAGGCCUGGGCGGCGAAUUUGUCACCGCAAUCGCAUAUUCCAUCCGUGGACAAUUAUCCUGGCAUCAACGCACAUAUGCAUUCAGCGAAGCACCUCUACCAACAGUCGAAGUACCAUUCCGAGCACCAAGCGAAACCGACCAAUGGGCGCCCUUCAUGGAAACCCUCACCGACGCCGAGAUGGAGAAGAAGAUCCGCGACCAGGACCGCAACACGCGCCGUAUCCGCCGACUGGCGAACACGACGCCGGGCUGCAAGUACAAACCGCCUAGGCAUAUGAUGCUAUAAACACACACAAAAUACACAUUGAUUCUCAUAAUAUACAACAACACGCGCACGUUUCAUUUACAAUUCGCAUAUUUAUCAUGUAGGUACAAAAUGUACAGUAAUUGAGUGUGAUGUGUGUUGCCUACAUAACGCACACAUCCACUAGACUUAGAGCAAGUCAGCAUUUAAACAAGCACACAACCGGGGGGAAAACUCACGAGGCGGCCAUCUCUUGAUAGAAAAGAUUAAAAACCUCUACACUAGACUAAGAUAA